CCUCAUAGGUUGUUUUGGAAUCAUGAGAGAUGAAAUUGCAGUAGCAGUUUUCUUUGUCACAAGAUUGGUGAAGGAACAUGAAAAACUGAGUAAACAGCAAAUAGAAAAAUUUGCAGAAAAGCUGAUGAUAAUCUUGUUUGAAACAUACAGAGGUCACUGGCACCCUGGUUGCCCUUCCAAAGGGCAAGCCUUCAGGUGUAUCAGGAUAAACAAUCAGAAUAAAGACCCCAUUUUAGAAAGGGCUUGUGCUGAGAGUAAUGUGAAUUUUUCUCACCUGGGACUUCCAAAGGAGCUGACCCUAUGGGUAGAUCCCUUUGAAGUGUGCUGUAGGUAUGGUGAGAAAAACCAUCCAUUUAUAAUUGCUUCUUUUAAGGGCAGAUGGGAGGAAUGGGAACUGUCCCAACAAAUCAGUUAUGCUGUUAAUAAAGCCACAUUAGACUACUCCUCUGGCACUUCUUCUGAUGAAGAAAGUUGUAGCAAGGAACCCCGGAUCAUUCCUAAAGUCAGCAAUCCGAAGAGUAUCUAUCAGAUGGAAAACUUAAGACAGCCCUUUCAAUCUUGGUUCCACAUCCCCCGCAAAAAGAAUGUGAUGGAUGGGCGCAUAGGCCUCCCAGGGAAUGUGCAUCAUGUCUUGCAUAAGAAUUUUAAGUGUUAUAGGCAGCCUGCUGCUGUGCACCGGGUGGACAGGUACCACUGGAUCAACACAAAACAUUAACAUGGUGGCCAGACGUGUGUUGGGAGAGAGAUCAGAGGAGAGGCUUCAUUUUCUCUAAAAAGAAAGCAAAUUGAAGGUUGAGAGGCCCAUGCAAUAGAAAAAAAAUAAACAACCACAUUAGGGACUGGAUUGUGUGAUGGUGAAUCCUCACACACAGAUCCCAACUCUGUUCUUAGCUGUGCUUUUUAAAAACAUACAUUGGACUUUAUUAAAAUUAAAUACUUUUGUUCAGCAAAAGGUAAUGAAAAAAGAAGCCACGGACUAAGAGAAAAUAUUUGCAAAUCACAUUUUGACCAAGAUUUAUAUCCAGAAAAAAUUUUAAAAAUCCUCAAGAUUCAAAUGAGAAAAUAACCAAAAAACAAAAUGGUCCCAAAUUCUGAACCCCUCACCUAAGAGAUAUAAAAAUGGCAAUAAAGAAGAUGAAAAUUAAGCAGAUAAAAAUUAAAAACUACACUGAGAAUUGUAACAUGUACCAUACUGAUUCAGGAUACUGAUAUGUGUAUAUAAGGGCAGGAAGUAUAUGGAAAAUUUCUGUAUUUUCUCUUAGUUGUACUUUUAAUUCUUAGUUUUAUAUGAAGUUUUAUGUAAAACCAGUAAAUAUAUUCAAUAUGGUAUGAAAUGAAGCUAUUGACCUGGAUAAGAGUCAACGAAUUAUGACA